UUAUCUUUUGUUUUAUCUUCUGUUAACCUUUUUUAAUUUUAACCAUUUUCCUAAUUGUCUUUUUGUUUUUAAUUAAAUGUUAACGUUUAACGUAAUGAGUUUUGUUGAUUGUAAUAAUCAAUGGAGUAUCUACUGGCCUUGAGUUAAAUCUGUUUGCGUCAUUUUUUUCACUUUAUCUUAUGUGUUGUAAUGAUGUUGAUGCAUAUCUACACAAUGUGACAUAUGGAAGCCGUUUGGUUACUGCUUUGCCUUAUGAAAAGGUCAGUUGUUACUGUUGUGUAUCCUUACCAUGCCAAUGUGUUUAAUACAGUUGUCUACAAGUCAGCAAGCAAGCACGACACAAACCAAUGGAUGGGGCAACCAAAGAAAGCAAGCGAACAGGCGAACAGCUCAAUCAAUCUUUAUGGUUCAAGAUUAUCUGCCUACUUUGUGUCUUUCUUCAAGCCAAAUCCAAACUUACAUUAAUCCAUCCAAAUAAAUCAAGAACGAGAUUAGUGUUGAGAAGAUCGUGAAAACAUAAUAUUUAUAUCAAGAUGCGGCUAGUUUUUUACUUUUUGAUCAUCUCUUUGCGUUAUUUGUGUGAAAUCAUUCACUUUAAUUGUAACCAUUAUGGCAAAUAACGGUUCAACAAAUAAUUCUGUUCAAUUGGAGAAGCAAAUUCAUUUCGAUGACAAUGUUUUACCGACCAAUCGAUCUUCAAAUGGACUCAGACCAUGGCUGUAUAAAACAUUUAAAUCCACUAAUUCGCACCUUGUAUAUCGAUACAGGGUUUAUUGUUCACUAUAUUAUCAUGGUGAUGAAUGUUCAGAGUUUUGCCGUGAACGAAAUGAUGUAUUUGGACAUUAUGGAUGCCGAGAAAAUGGACAAAAGUCAUGCUUAACAGGCUGGAUCGGUGACAAUUGUGAUAAACCUAAAUGCAGACCGGGAUGUAACUCUGAACAUGGUUACUGCUCUGAACCUGACCAAUGUCAAUGUCGACCUGGUUAUUCUGGACCUUUAUGUAACCAGUGUCUUCUUUAUCCUGGCUGUAUCAAUGGUUAUUGUCUUAAACCCUGGCAGUGUAUUUGCCACCGUAAUUGGGGUGGAAUCUUAUGUGAUCAAGAUUUAAAUUUCUGUGGUACUCAUCAACCUUGUCUAAAUGGUGGCUUGUGCGAUAACAUUGCUCCUAAUCAGUACAAAUGUCACUGUAAACCCGGGUACGAUGGUAACAAUUGUCAAAUUGUUGUUAACCCAUGUGUUACAAGUCCCUGUCUUCAUGGAGGAACCUGCUCUGAAGUAAAUAAUUCAUCUUUCAUUUGUAACUGUCCUGCUGGAUGGACUGGUAAUCGUUGUCAGAUUAAUAUCAAUGAAUGUUCAUCUAAUCCAUGUCAAAAUGAUGGUAAAUGCAUAGAUCUAAUCAAUGGAUAUCAAUGCGUUUGUCCUCCUGGAUUCACUGGAGAUCGUUGUCAAGAUGACAUUAAUGAAUGCAACCUGGAAGCAUCUUUGUCUCCCUGUAUACCGUCAACAACAGAAUCGUGUCAGAAUAUAAAAGGAUCUUAUAAAUGUAAAUGUAUCAAAGGAUUUGAAGGGCAACAUUGUGAAUCAAAUGUAAACGACUGUGAGCCAAAUCCUUGUGCUAAUGAUGGUUCCUGUAUCGAUCUGGUUAACGCAUAUCAAUGUGUUUGUCAAAAGGGCUUCAAAGGUGCUCAUUGUCAACAAGUGGAUGAAAAUGUUUGCUCACUUGGUGGAUCGGAUAAUUAUUGGGAAAUUACUACCCGAGCUUCAUCUUGUCCGAUGAAAUGGUGCAAAUGUUCCCACGAUAAAGGACCUUUCUGUAUCUGUGUUGGUCGGGAUUUACCUUCAAUUACUGUUGAUCAUCAAUCCUUAACUGAACCUGAUGCUUUCAAUUCUCUUGUUUUGGUUUUUGAAAAGAUUUUAACUAACAAUCAAACUCAAAUUAUUUGCGAAGCUUUGAAAGCAAUCCUGAUUCUCUACCAAGACACUCUAGACUCUAAACAAAUGUCAACCGUCUGUCAUCGGCAAGACAUUAAUUCACUUGUUUUUUAUUCAUUGGACAACUCAGAAAAUGUCCUUAAAAUUGGUGAUAUUUUAUUAAAUUCACGCAACUCUUUUCGGAUCAAGCAAAUUAUCAAAAAUAAACAAGAACUGGAUGCUGACAAUAGACAAAUACAAUUUUUACUAGUUUUAACAUUAUUUUGUAUAUUCUUAUUUAUAUGUUUUUCAUCUAAAUCCAUACACAAUCGAAGUAAACAAUAUAUUCGACAAUUUAGAUCUCGGAUUGCCAAGUUUAUCGCCGAAAAUCAAACCAAUGCAGUUCAACCUGAGACGAUCAACGAUUUAAACCUUGUAAAGCAAUCAAAUAACAACAACUUAAAUCAAUUGGAUGAUGAUUGUAAUAAUCAACGUCCAAUAAGCAUAAACAUUUUAAAUUCAAGUCCUAAUCAUUUCAAAUUUAAUCAUCUUAAAUUAAAACAAUUGGAUACUUAUGAAAACAAUGAGUGUGAUCCAGUUAAUAUCAAUAAAUUAUCAUCAUCAACAUCCACAAUCAAUUCAGUUGGGACAAUAGAAACUUCUUAUGUUAAAAAAUCUAAUCUUAAUGAGAAACAAAUUAAGAUUGGAAUAGAACAAAAAGUGUGAAUAAUUAGAUGAUCGCCUAUUUAAAUUUUCUCUGUAAUUCUACUAAACAUAAUGUAAAUUGCAAUCUACUCCAUUUUAACAAAUGUUCAUUUGUAAUUAGACCAUUCUCAAUGAAAAUAAAUUUCAUACAAACAAUUAAAGCUGUACAUGAAA